UUUACCACCGUCACCACAACGGCCGGGAAAGAAAGGGCAUGGGGCGACAAGUUCAGUCUCUGUCUCACUGGCUAGCUAAUUAGCUACCUGUAAGCACGUAAAACAAACAAGCGUUAUUUCAUUAUUUUGUUGUAUUUAGCUUGCUAAGUGUUAAACAUUAACACAGUUUAGAAUGGCAUUAAUCCUGUUUACCAGAUCUUGGUCUCCACUGAUGAAAACAUCCAGGUCCUUAAACAAGGACUUUCGGAAAGGGAAACAGCAGGAUGGUGCCUGCUUCAGCUGUACAGCUCUCCGUUUGUCACUCCAAAGGACUAAAGAGUUGAGAAGCAGCAGAUUCUUUCCAGCUUUGCACACUAAAGGUGGAGAUGGCCACCCAUGCUUGGCCUCUGGGUCUCACAGGCUCUACUGUGCCGCAGUAGUGGGAGUCCCGUCCUUUCUGGGCGAGAAUCCAGGACUAUGGGCUCUGCAUCAGCAGGUCCCCGUGCGGUGGUGGCACUGCACGGGCAGGCUGUAUGAUGAUUCCAAGGUGGAGAAGUCCCUCAAGUCCCUGAAGGACAAGAAUAAGAAGCUGGAAGAGGGAGGCCCUGUGUACAGUCCCACAGUGGACGUGGAGCCGAUGCGACGGUCGAUGGGCCAGCGCGUGCUGGAUGAGAUCAAGCACUACUACCACGGCUUUCGGCUGCUGUGGAUUGACACCACCAUUGCUGGCCGCAUGCUGUGGAGGAUCCUCAAUGGCCAUGCCCUGUCCCGCCGCGAGAGGAGGCAGUUCUUGAGAACAUGUGCAGAUGUCUUCCGCCUGCUGCCCUUCCUGGUCUUCAUCAUUGUGCCCUUUAUGGAAUUCCUGCUGCCCGUGGCUCUGAAGCUCUUCCCCAAUAUGCUGCCAUCGACCUUCGAGACCCAGUCGAAAAAGGAGGAGAGGUUAAAAAAGGAGCUGAGAGUAAAGCUGGAGAUGGCCAAGUUUCUCCAGGACACAGUAGAGGAGAUUGCCCUGCGCAACAAGGCAGCCAAGGGCAACGUGACCGAGGAAUUCUCCACCUUCUUCCAGAAGAUCCGUGACUCAGGGGAGAGGCCCAGUAAUGAGCAGAUCAUCCGCUUCUCCAAGCUGUUUGAGGAUGAACUGACCCUGGACAACCUGACGCGCCCUCAGCUGGUGGCCCUGUGCCGCCUGCUGGAGCUGCAAUCUAUCGGCACCAAUAACUUCCUGCGCUUCCAGCUCAUCAUGAAACUAAGGGCCAUCCGUGCUGAUGACAAGCUGAUUGCAGAGGAGGGCGUGGACAGCCUGAAUGUGAACGAGCUGCAGGCAGCCUGUCGAGUUCGCGGCAUGCGGGCGCUGGGUGUAACAGAGGAGAGACUGCGAGAGCAGCUCAAGCAGUGGCUGGAGUUGCAUCUGAACCAGCACAUCCCCACCUCUCUGCUGCUGCUGUCACGGGCCAUGUACCUGCCUGACACAUUGUCCCCAGCUGACCAGCUCAAGACCACACUCAAAACCCUGCCGGAGAUUGUGGCAAAGGAGGCGCAGGUGAAGGUAGCGGAGCUGGAGCUGUCCAAGGUGGAUAAUAAGGUGAAGCUAGAGACCAUGCUGCAGGAGGAGGCUGCCAUCCAGCAGGAGAACCGCGAGAGGGAGAUGGAGCGCCUGGCUGAUGCUGUGGAGAAGGCGAAAGAGAUCCUGAAGGGGACAGCGCAGAAAGGGGGGGAAUUGGCUGGGGAGCUAGAACCACCCACUGGCAGGGCCAAGAGCCAGAUAGCUGUGGAUAUGGAACAGGAACUGGCCAGUGUAGACGUAGCAAUCCACUCCGAGACCCUGAGAGACACUGCCCCAGUACUGGAGGGGAUUAAGUUUGAGCAAUGGCAGAAAUAUCUUCGUAUCCAGGGAGAGGAGAUCACCAAAGAGGAGAUUGACAUGCUGAGUGAUGCCUGUACCAAGCUGAAGGAGCAGAAGAAGCUGCUGACCAAAGAGAAAGAAGAGCUGGAGGAUCUCAAGGAUGAUGUGCAGGAGUACAAUGAGGACCUUGAGGAGAUCAGAAAGGAACUGUCUAAGACAGGCCAGGGGAGGGCAGUAGAAGUGUCUAAGGCCAGCAAACGGCUCUCCAAGAGGGUCAAUCGCAUGAUUGGGCGUAUAGAUAACAUUAUCACUGAGCUGGAGAAGGACAAGAAGGUGCUGGAUGGACAACUGGACAGUGGAACAACGCCCCCUGUUGGCAUGUACUUCACCUUUAGGGAGAACCUCAUCAGCAUCAACGAACUCAUUGCCGUCCUGCGCCAGAUCCAGAACAUUCCAGAGCACAAACUGCUGAGCAUCGUCGACGCGCUGGAUGAGAACAAGGAUGGCAAGAUUGACAUUGACGAUGUCAUCAAGGUGAUAGAGCUGAUUGACAAGGAGGACAUCGACAUCUCCACUACGCAAGUGGCUGAGAUCAUGGUGAUGCUACAGAAGGAGGAGCAGCUGGUGGAGAAGGAGAAAGCCAAGGAGAAGGCAGAGAAGGAGCAGGCUUUAAAGAACUGAGUGCAUCUGGAGACACCAACUCCUUGUCCUCAUUGUUCUGUGAUGAAAGCCAAAACACCUUUCUACUAGCUACUUUCUCUGGAAAUUUCUACAAAGUAAGGGAGUGGUUGAAAGUGGUUUGAAUUAACAGAAGUACAGAGUUCUACAAACAGUUAGUUUUACCUCUUAAUAAGAAAAGUGUGAUUGUAACCCUGC